AGAAGCAUGAAGCGGACACCUGGACUGCUCUAGAAGGGUUAGUUUUGUCAGAAAUCGUUCUUGAGAAGUAUCAGUUAUAUAGGGUUAAAGCUUCGCUCAGGAUCAUGGAGGAACUGGCCCGAGAGAGCAUCAACCUGCUGGCCCGCUCUGCGUCUCAUUCGGGCCCCCCGCGGCUCGGUUCAUUCGGUGCUGUGUUCAUCAUGCUGAAGUCUGCGCUGGGUGCCGGACUGCUCAACUUCCCCUGGGCUUUCCAGAAGGCAGGGGGAGUGAAUACUGCUCUCAGUGUGGAGCUGGUUUCCCUGGUCUUCCUCAUCAGUGGUCUGAUCAUCCUCGGCUAUGCCUCCUCAGUCAGCAGACAGAACACGUACCAGGACGUGGUGAGGGAGGUGUGUGGAGGAGCGGUGGGGCAACUCUGUGAAAUCUGUUUCUGCUUCAACCUCUUCAUGAUAUGUGUGGCCUUCCUGGUGGUGGUGCAGGACCAGCUGGAGAAGUUGAGUGUUUCUUUAUACGAGACGGUGACUGGGUCCACUGAGAUGCCGUACCACUGGUACACCGACCAGCGGUUUUAUCUCUUCAUCAUGUGUGUCAUCAUCAUCCUCCCCUUGUCCAUCCCAAAAGAAAUCGGCAUCCAGAAAUACACAAGUGUGUUGGGGACGCUGGCGGCAACAUAUCUGUGUGUGGCAGUGAUCGUCAAGUAUUACCUGAUGGAGAGCCACAAUGUUAUAAUAACUCCAGAGCACAGCGAAGGUGUGGGUUCGUGGGCUUCAAUGUUCAGUGUCGUGCCGACCAUCUGCUUUGGCUUCCAGUGCCAUGAAGCCUGUAUUGCCAUCUACAGCAGCAUGGAGAACAAGAAGCUCUUAAACUGGGUCAUCAUCUCAGUGGUCUCCAUGUUUUUCUGUUUACUCAUUUACACUCUCACUGGUGUGUACGGCUUCAUGACGUUUGGACGAGCGGUUGCCUCCGAUAUUUUGAUGUCAUAUCCAGGAAAUGACGUGCCCAUGAUCAUAUCCAGGCUACUUUUUGGAAUAUCAAUCAUCACCAUCUAUCCUAUUAUUCUUCUCCUGGGGAGAUCUGUCAUCCUGAACCUGAUGGUGCGUAUUCAAAGACGUCGCUGGGGAGUCGUCACCCAUUCGUUUGAGACUCGCUGCAGAGUGGUUCUCACUGUGAUCUGGAUCACCGUCACUCUUCUCAUCGCCAUGUUCGUCCCCGACAUGGGGGAGGUCAUCAGUGUCAUCGGGGGAAUCAGCGCCUUCUUCAUCUUCAUCUUUCCUGGUCUUUGCUUAGUGUUCACAAUGCAAAGUGAACCUGUGAGUCCAAGAGUCAGGGUGAUUUUAACAGUCUGGGGAGUUAUAACCAUCGUAGUUGGAUCUUUCAUCUUCGGACAGAGCACGACCAUCGCUAUAAUGGAGAUUUACCAGAAAUUCUGAUUUUCACACCUUUAUCUCCACUUCACUGUCUGCAGCAGCUGCUUCACUUUGACUUCACAAUGUGUUUUGCACAACUUAAAGUUGCAUUUGUAAAGGUGGUUUAUAAUUGUAUAUAUGAUCCUUAUCAAGGUCUUCCAUGACCUGGUUAUAAUAUAAUAUAUAUUUACAAAGCAAUAAUGUAAUAUUUCUAUCUGUGUGUGUGUGUUACAGACAUAUUGGAUUUAAAUGGGUUGUUAUUGGACAACAAUAUAAUGUCAAGAGAAGAAUGUAGGUAUUAAUUGUAAAGUAUGUGUGGCUGUUUUAAUGAUUUAUUUAGGAUUACAUUACCACCCCUAUUGUAUAGAAUAUUAAAUAAGAAAAUACAAA